ACUUUUAGAGUGCAAUAAGUUUUAAACCAAAAACUAAAUAGCUAAUACUACAGUACACUGUUUUCUGGAGUGUCACAGGUGUGAGGUAUCGACAAACAAAAUGACUUGUGCUACUAUUAGGACAAUUUCCCCCGUAUUAUUCAUCGCGUGCAUGACGUCACUGUCAGAUGGAUUCGGAAAGCCAUCCUGCACAAACGAUCUAAAAUGCUGGACUUCGUGUGCAUUGGGAAAUUGUGGUUACAAGCCAUCUGUAACCGCCUUUGUGAAAUGUUCUUGGACUUUUGAAUCACCAGCGAUGCUGCAUAAGUACAACUAUACCUUGGUUUUGAGUCGUCAAGACAGAAAACAAUGCAAACCAUCGGUUUCAAAGUGCGACGAAAAAACUGGCUCCUGUCUUUCAACAUUCCAUAUGGUGGAUUGUUCUGACGACUCUACAUCUCAUACAGACUCCAUAAGCGCUUGGCUAAGAUUAAAUGAUGGCAAAGUACAAUAUUGUGAAAACAUAUUUUCCUUUCAAAUAUGUAAUUAUGCAAAGCCAGACCCAAUCAAAAUAACUGGGAUCAGUUGGAGCAAUUCUUCCAAGUUGAAUAUCGAAAUUGAAAAACCAUCUUGUGCGACAUAUCAGCUGAAAUAUGAAUUCCAAUAUACUUGGACUAAUGGGAUAAGAAACGGAACGAAGACAAUUUCUGUUCUAGAAAAGAAACCGGAAAUAUUGGGAAGAGAGGCAACAGAAUACAACAUCACCGUACGUGCAACUACACAUUCAGAAAAGGUCUUCAGUUCUCCUGUAAGCGUUCAUCACGUGACAAAACCACGCAAAGCUUUAGACAAGAAAAGUCUUCGGUUCAGCUGUUCCAAAUAUCAUAGAGAUGGGAAUAGUAUGAAUGUCUCCAUAUCAUGGAAGAAAAUGGGCAUCAUUGACUACUUUGAAAUGAAAAUGUUUGAUGAAAACAAAGAAAAAUUUAUCACGAAUAAAACAAUCAUUCCGAAACGAGGAAAUUCACAUCAUAAUGUGCACAUUCAGUCCCUUCAACCAACGAAGAAAUAUUAUAUAGAAAUAACGGCUCACAACAGCGGUGGAGUGUCACAGGCGGCAAGAUUUCACUUCGAAAAGGAAAAAUGUAAACCGCCAGCUCAGCCACGUUGCUCUUUGUCUGCACAAGGAAAAUCAUGGAUCGAAGUUCAAUGGGAUGUUGAUGACGUAGACGACUUGUAUAAUUAUGACGUCAAACUACAGCACCAUGAUAACGUCAUUGACAGAAUACAGAAUUUAGAGCCAAGUACGAGGAAAUUAAACCUGACAAGACUCAAGGAAUGUAUUCUGUACAAGAUCACAGUAUGUUCUACAAUUUAUAGUGUUGAACAAAGCUGUUGUUUUGUCAGUUCUUUCACAAGUGGGUCAGUUCCUAAAUCACCACCGUUAUAUCAGUUCAAGAAAAUUACAUCAAGAAGUAUUACCAUGCAAGUGACAUAUGAAGGAAUUAAAGACAAGCUUUCUUGUGGUAGAAUACAAUAUUAUACAAUCGAAUACCAGAAGCUUGAAUAUUUGAACCACAGCAAAAAACAUAAAGUUAGAAAAUUCAACACAAGAAGCAGAAUAAUAUCCCUGACUGAUUUGACUCCUAACACUAGAUAUGCUAUAAAGGUGGCAAUGACAAAUGAGGCAGGCAUUGGAAUGCAAAAAGAAAUAUAUGUGAAAACGCUUCAAGAUGCACCUGAUGAUUCCCCGGAAAUACGAUCUGUGACAAGGACAUCAAGUGAAGAUAUAAACGUUUCAUGGAAACCACCAAGAAAGCCAAAUGGGGAAAUUGAAGUUUAUGAAGUUUUAAUCAAAACCAGACUCACAUUCGAUGAACCUCAACAUAAUAAUGAUAACUGUAUUGCAAAAGAUAACGAUAUUUCAUGCAGUUACAAUGGUACAAAUACCUCAGUCCUAAUCAAAACUGGAUACGCAGGAAUUAUUCAUGUGCGAGCCUGUACAAAGAAUGAAACCGGACUAAUGUGUUCUGAUUGGUCAGAUGCGAAGGAAAUUGGAGUGUUUGAAGAGACUGGAUCUCUGCUGCUGAUAAUUCUCUGUGUCAUAUGUGGAAUUUUGAUGGUGUUCGUCAUUAUAGUUGGGACAAUUUAUAGAUGCAGGGAACAAGGGCCAAAACCUGCAAAGCCAUGGAUGCAUCCAGUAAUUUUGAGUGAAUUUGAAAAAGAUUUGUUAAGUAACAAAGAAAAACAAGAGGCAGGCAAUGUGAAAAAACAUAGCAAAGGAUGACAAUAAAGCCUGACUAAAUGACACAAUUUAUUUGGUCACUGGUACCCAAAACAAAGCAUGCCGGAGCAGCGCACUUGCCCUCGCGUUUCUACAACAAAGAAAUAGGAAAACGUUUCAAUCUAACUAUCGUUGCAUUAGCAUGGGCUACCAGAUCGAUGAAACUGAAACGUUUGCAUCCUAAGCAAAGAUCGUUAUCAUAAAUCAUUUCACUCGUUGAACGUGGAUGGAACUUGGGUAGUCCCGUAGAAUGUGCACCAAGAUGGCGCACAACCUGAACAUAGUAUGUGUACCAGGUUAGUGUUAUCAGGUUGUGUGCCAUCUUUGUGCACAAACUACGGGAGCGCCAGGAUUUGCAUAAUUGCAGGUAGUUCAUCCGAAUUUGGAUAUAUUCAGAUGCUUUUUUGCCGUUUUCCGCUACAAAAGAAUGCUAAAAGCCUAAUUACUUUUAUUGGUAAGACAACGAAAUUAAUAGUUUUAUACCUUUGAAUGAUUAAUAACCCAAAACUACAAUCUGAUCCACAAAAAUGUCUGUCAACCUUUUUUAUAGUUAUGUCAUUGUAUGUUGUAUUUCAUAAUAUACUUUAAUAAUUUUAUUCUGUGUCUGAUAUUUUAACACGUUACUGUACUUAUGUUAUCGAUAUUAUAAAAAAAUAUAUUCUGCUUCCCAGUCAAUGCCUAAUUGCCAUUUUCUCAAACUGGUAAACAAUUGAUCAGUGGGAUAAAAUAGUUUUCCUGUACAAACUUCCCAAACCCACUUCGGUCAACUACCCCGAACUCGAAAUAACUUUUAACAGAAAACUAUAGUGAUUGAAUUUACCAACCAGUACAUAUAUAUUGACAAUUUCCGAAUCGUUUUUAUAUAGUCUACUGCUAAUACUACUUUCUCUAUGUUUUUUUUCCUCUAAUGUGUGUGUAAGCGAUUUUUUUUUAUUUUUGAACGUAUUUGCGCGAUUUCAUUUUCAAAUAAAUUUCGUACUCGUUUCUUAUUAUUAUUAUUGAGUUUUUUAGAAAAAAAGUGAAAUUUUGCCUAAACUCACUGAAGAAGAUCGAAAAUGAUAUUUUCCAAUAGGU